GGAGUGCGUUCAAAAUAAUUUGCCAAAACAUCAUAAAUAUUUUUAAAUUUCUACUUUAAUUUAAGUUCCUGUAGUUUCACAUCUUCAAAUUAAAAAUGUCGCGACACAGAAAUGUUCGAACUAUGAACUAUGAUGACGAAUUCGAUGAUUAUCCUGUUGGAUCGCUGACUGAUGAGCCGGAAUGUAUCUCACCAACAGAUGCUAAUCAAUGGAUAUUCGAUCGAAAUCGUGGACAAUCAAGUUUAGAUGCUUUUCUAUUAAAAAAUGAAGACAUACAGGAACAAGAUGAAGAUGAAGAUGAAGAAGUUUUCCAUGAGAAAAACCGGAGAGAUUCCGAAAGUUUUCAAUUACCAGAACUCAAUGAUCUUGAUAAAGCGAGGUUGCUUUCUUGUAUGGAAGAAAUACGGAAUAUAUCUGGUGAUUCCUUCUCAGAUAAACGUCUUUGCGAUGCUAUCAUCUCUUGCGAUUAUGAUUACUCCAAAGCUUUGGAUUUACUGCUCACGAAUGACACUCUAACAAGACAACAGAACAAGAAAACAAAACUGACUGAAGUUGAAAAAGAAAAGAACAAAGCGCCUUCAACAUCACAAUUUAAACUGCCUUCGCUUGGAUCAGCCAAGCUUCUGCCAUCAUCAGGUGGUUUUGUACUUCCAAAACUUGGAAUUUCUUCAACUGUCACAGAAAGUUCUUUAAGCUUAUCAGAUUUUGCAAAGAAACAGUUAGACGUAAAACCAGAUAAAUUUGCUAUUCCAGAGAUUUUUCCAUCGAAGGACGAAUCUUCUGGCAAUAAAUUUGUGAUUGAUCUCAAAGCAGCUCUUGUUUCUGAUGCCGAACAAACGACUUUUUCUAUUUUAUUGUCUAAUGAAAAGCGAAAAGAUUCAUUUGAAGAUUUCGUGCCGAAAUUUAUUGAUUGUGAUGUUGUGAGUGAGAGAGUAACAUCAAAAAAAAUAAUUAUAGAUGAGCAAUGCGAACAGUUAACAUUUUCUCACCUUAAAAAAGCUUAUAAGAAUUUAACAUUUAAAAAUUUAACUUGCGUUGGAAAAGUCAUUCGUGGAAGAUUCAGAAAAAAAGUUCCAAAAAUUCUUCAUGGAUAUGAACAUAGAAAUAGAAUUAAUCGCUUCACAUUCGACACUCUUUCACCUGAUGAUAAAAUCCUCCAACAUUUAAAUAAGAACAAAAAAUAA